AUGGCGUUACCAGGUAUGGGCGGUAUGGGAGGCAUGGGCCAGCAGCAAAGCAUGGAUCCGGAACAAAUGCAGCAGAUGCAAAUGGUCAAAUACAUGCAAGCAGCAAUGGAGUCAUGCCCCGUCAAGACAGUAAUAGCUGGGACCAUGGGCUUCGGGCUGGGAGGCAUGUUCGGCGUCUUCAUGUCCAGUAUGCGCUACGACACUCCAAUGUCAUCUGGGAUGCCCGGCGGCGUGGGAACCAUCUCCGAUCUACCGGUCCGCGAACAGCUUCGACACGGUUUCAAGGAUAUGGGCCGCAGUGCCUUCAGCUCGGCGAAGAACUUUGGAUACAUUGGGGCGCUGUUCGCCGGGUCAGAGUGUGUGAUUGAAGGAUAUCGGGGCAAGAACGAUCUGUCGAAUGGCGUCGCGGCUGGAUGCUUCACGGGUGGCUUUCUGGCGAAGAGUGCCGGGCCGCAAGCAAUGGUGGUGGGCUGCGCUGGGUUCGCAGCGUUCUCUGCUGCGAUCGAUGCCUACAUGCGCAUGCCGAAUGACGACAGGGGUGCCGAUCCCAUUGUCUGA